AUGACCAAGAAUGAUUUUGCAAGAAAAUCUCAAGUUGAUAAUGGCUUGAUUGACCUGUACUCAAAGGUUGGCUGGAUAGUCAAUGCGAUAAAGGUCUUCAAGGAGGUUGAUGAUCCUGAUUUGGAAGGCCUUGAAUGUUUCUGCGAUACACAACGAGCUAGGGUUAAAUUAGACAAUUGCAUCUUUCUAUACACCAUCAUUGCAUGCUUGAAUUUUUCAUCCCCAUCCCAAGGGAAGCAAAUGCAUGGAAAAACCAUUAAGAUUGAGUCUCCAAGAAAUCAAAUCCCUGUUGAUAAUGCACUAGUUUCCAUGUACGCGAAGUGUGGAAAUCUCAAGGAUGCGAAUAUGCUUUUUGAGAUGAUGCACCAACGCAACAUGGUCUCAUUCAAUACUAUGAUCACCCCUUAUGCUCAGCAUGGAUUUGGUUUGGAAGAAUUGGAGCUAUUUAAAGUGAUUCUUGAUAUAGAAAAUGAGCCCACAAACAUCAUGUUCAUCUUGGUGUUGUCUACACGUUCUCGCACUAGGAAGGUUGAUGAAGGAUGGAAGUAUUUUGAUUCUAUGAGGCAAAAGUAUGAUAUUGAACUCGAAGAAGAACAUUAUUCAUGCAUGAUUUAUCUCUUGGCUUACAACGUGAAGUUUAAGAAGAGAGCUGAGACCAUAAUCAUACAAAUCCUGCAACGAUCCUACUACAAAAUCGAUUCUGCAUGA